AAUGUCGAUGCGUAGUUUUGAGUGAGAGCACUCUUGUUUUGUCGGGAGUCGUUAAAAAUCAUCACUAUAGGUUUUAGGUUGGUAACUAUGGCAAAUCAACGGGUUAAAAAAUCAAUGCCAAAUCGGUCAAUGUUUUACUUGUCUUUUUGGUGUGCCUUUGCAAUUUUGUCAAUGAUUCUACACAACGGUCUAACCGACGAUAUGAACCAUUCAUUUGACGAAUACUACGAAGACUUCGAAUAUCACGAGCUUGAGCGGCCGUCAAUAAAAAAUAUGUUGAAAGACGUUAGCUGGCCAUUCAACGAAACCUUGACGCAUUUCAGUCAUUUAUUGGUCGAUAUAUUCAAAAUGAAUGACAGCAGCAGUUGCCGGAAUAAUAAGAAAGAUCAGCAUUGCGUCAAAGACUACACCAGUGGAGAUCCCCUUGAAGAUAAUUUAUCUGAUGGCGAUUGGUCUAGCUUUGACGCAGCUGUUACCACGGACCUCAAAGGCCUUAGUACAUCUCAGAUGAUCAGCUAUUUUCAGGAUCGCUACAAUAAUUCCGAUAUCUUGCCGUCCGUCAACGAUUCACUCAUUUCAAUUUCAGGGGCAGUUACAGAAGCUGAAAAUCACAUUGCAAAGUACCGUAAAUCUGUCCCAAUCAUCGUGGCUUUUGUGUCCUAUCUGGAAGGGAAAUCCUUCAGUCUUGGAAAGAAAUUCAUAGACAGCCAGAGCAGAAACAGCAACAGGAAGCAAACAUUACGUCAGAUGGAAACCGAAAAAGUAAAAGUCGCCGCGUCGCUUUCCUCUUUGGAAUUCAACAAAAGUAUAGAAACGUACAAUCUUGCUCAUUUGCGCAAGAAACACAAGGACAAACUCUUUAGUGCUAUAGGACUGAAGUUGGUGGUGACUGCAGGUCUGCUGGCGUUAAUUGAAGAUGCCGAAACAGCCGAGUACAAAAUUCAAAGUCUUGUGGCCGAAGUCACACUAUCUGAAGCGCAUUUAGCCAAGCUGCAAAAAGAGUUGGAUUCUUUGCGGGAAGACUACGAAACGACUGAAACACUGGCCCAAAGAGUUUCGGCUGAACAACUACAGACCAACAGAACCCUGACCCAGACUAAGGCGGAUUUGGGAGCGUCUAUUAACGACGGAGUCAAGAUGAAAAAGGUCACCACUUUCUUGACGUCACUGCACGGGAAGUUAAAGGUGCUUCAGGACUUCGCCGUUAGUCAAACCUCGAAGGAUAUUAUCAAAGCCAUCAACGUCAACGACAUUCUCGAAUAUUUCGAAAAGGAUGAAAAAUCAGGAGCAGCCGCAAUCACUGAGACGUUGGUUGCAAAGGAAACUGCCCACGAUUUUCGCCGCUUGAUUCGGUCGUCGAGAGAGGCGGAGUUAGCAGAAUCCUUUGCAGUAGAAUCCUCAGAUUGCCCCGACUGUAAUUCUUUAUCCGUCGGGCUCGCAGUCGAUGAAACCGAUCCUUUUCGACGAAAGCGCGCCGUUGGUGUAAGCGACAGUGACAUCGAGACUGGCGAUCAAAUGUUAAUGAACAUUUCUGGAGUCUAUCAAACGUUCCGCAAGGUGAUGAGCGAUCCCGAUGAUUUUCAGCGGGACCAACUUUUUUCAGCGACAGCGACCGGCACGGCAGUUUUGAGCGAUCUGAUUUUGCUGGCCUUUUCGACUCCCGAUAUUGUCCUAACACGAACUCGAUCCUUCAACCCGAAGAAGCAGCACAGCACAAAUAAGAGUGGACCGGAGAGCUUCCGUAAUAUUCUGAAUCGGAUAAGCCAUUUGCAGUACAGUGCGUUGGUCCAACAUCAAUCUUGGCUGUCCCAACUGCAAAUAAUGUCGCUCACCUUGCCCGAUUCCCUCAAAACGGCCAUCAUUUUACUUCGUGCCCUGCUGGGCAAUCCGAAAAAUCCUACGGAACCCUCACCGGAGAUCACGCAACUCAUUUCUCUCCAACUCAACAACACUUUGGCGAUGGCGUCGGAAACUUUUCGCAACCAAUCGCUUGAAAUCGAAAACACCUUUCAAAAGCUUGUAGACUUCGCUACGCAACUCGACGGAGCUUCAAUAACCUGGAAAGAACGGCGCCGUAUUACGUCCAAUCCAUGUUCGUCGACGGUGAAGGCAGAAAAUAAUAACGUAAACAAGGACGAAAUUCCGGAUAGCUUGAUCAAUUUUAAUGGCAUUCAACAGAUGAUCGACGGCUGGCAGAAUUUAAUUGCGUCCGUGCGCAUCGUAACGCGAACCGUCAAAGAACUCGUCACUCCUGAACUGGAAGCUUUCCAAUAUUUGGUGGAGUGGAGCGUGCAAUUGGCAACCCAACGACAUGAGGCGGGAUGGGACAGCGAAUCGCCUGCCCUGCCGCUGAUUCAUCGCAUAAUCAGCCAGGCAGCCAAAGUCAGUCGGGCCGUUUACCUUCUCCAUGAAACCAACAGCGUUUACCUGAGAGUCUCCACUCGUCACCUGACACCUCAGACUAUCAAUGCGGAUGAGAUCAUGGCUUUAGAUCAUCCGUUGAGCGCCCAAGACUUGAAGGAAAAGCGCCGUGAGAUCGUUGAGGUCGGCCGACGAGAAGCGGAAUCGAUCGCUGAGCUGAUGAAAGAGGCCAAACAUGAGAUGAUUGUCAAAUUGACGGAGCACGAAAAAGUACGCCAACCUGACAAUGGGAACGAGCACUGCUCUUUCGAGCCCAAAGUAGGCAGGAAAGAUAUCAAGAAUUGCAUUCGCGGAAGAGAAUGCGAACGCUACUUUCUCAAGUCUUUUGUGUGUGCCUGAAUCAAACGACUGUUUGUUAACUCAAUGCUUAUUUUAUCUUUUUAGUGUGUUCACGUUGCUGUUUAGAGUGUUCGUAAGUGUGCAAGUAGGGCAUGUAUACCUGUAGCUACGUCUAAUAAAAUUUAUCCUGGCAA